AGAGACCAGAGGAGGGGGAUAUGGGAGGAGCGACGCUUUAAGGGCCAGGUGGUCGAGCCUGCGUAAAAGCGCACCAAACACACGCCAAACACUUACGAAACGAAUAGUAAGCGUCAUUAAAAAAAAAAAAAAAAAAAAGAAAAAAAAAAAAAAACUGGAGUCUUUCAGCUCCUGGCACCUCUUUGAAUGAAUAAGCAGUGUGGUAGAUGAACCUCCUGGAUCUGGACACAAAAAAGCGGAACGCGCAGUGGUUGUUGUUCGUGCGUCGUCGCGAUCCAUCGGGGAAAAAAAGUGAUACCAUUUGGUUCGGUGCAAACUGUAAAACUUUAGUGUUUUGCCGGAUCGGGUAACUUGUACAACAAGACGGCUCGCUUCAACUGCAAGAGGAGAUAUGUUCAAGAAAAGCAAGAGUAAAGUGCUGGUGGAUUAUGCGUCAGAGGAAGACGACAUGUCCUGGCACUACCAUCACUCCUACAAGGACAAAGACAUAGAUGGAGAGGAAGAGGAGGAGGAAGCUGUCAGUGCUGGAGUGUCCAAGGAGGCCAAAGUGAAGAAGAUCAUGUCCAAGAAAGAGAAGAGAGACAAGAAGAUGUUCUCCUCUAAAGAUGAUGAGCACUUCUUGUUGACUGGAGUGAAGCUGACUGACCGCAGAGGGUCUCACAAGAAAAUUAAAGAUGAUGAGAAAGAGAAGGAAAAGAAGGACAAGCCAGAGAAGGCUCACUGUUUCUGGGAGAGUGUUACCAUGACGAUGAGGCAGAUCUCCCCAGCUAAAAAACUGGAGAAGAUGGAGGGUUGGGAGCCGCCCCGCCUCGACAACUUAACCGAAACUUUAACCGACGACGUCUCGGAUGACAAGAGCCUGAAAGGAGACUCUGUGGUGCCUUUCCCUGACUCCCUAGACCUCCCGUUGGAUUUGGCCUCUUGGGCUGGCCGCGGUCUGGAGGAAGACUCCUCCCGCUACGCCAACCUGUCGGACUCCAAGGAUCCCAUGGGCGCCGUCAGGUGGACAGCCCGAGCUAAAGUGAAACUGGCCGGCAUCAGCAGGAUGAGCCGGGGGAUUGUUUCAGAAAGCACGUGGGAGGGAUUUAAAUAGUGGUAAAAGCCAGUUUACCGUCGAUCCCCCUGUUUUCUCACAUGUACCACCAAUAGAGAGGAUGAAGACCUGAACCAAAUAUCUGCUUGUGUCUGUAGUCUAGUUCGGAUGAAGCCAGCGAUAAUCAAAGUUGGCCUUGAGAUGCUUUAGUGAACCCGUGCAUGAUGAUUGUUUUACUGUAGAAGCUCUUGAAGACGACGUAUGUCUUCAUAUUUAUCAUUUGACUUUCCUGGCAGAUCUGCCACUUUGGUAAAGCAGGGUUGCCAUUUUUAUCACUGACGUAAACUGUACAUAAAAACAAAUAAAGCCUUACACUACUGUACCAUCUUAACUGUGAGAGCCACUGGGCUGGCAUUUAAAUAUUUAAUAUUGCCAAGAGAUGAGAUAAGUGAUUUUGAUAUGAUUCUAAUAGAUACUGAUAAUAGGGAAUAGCUGAACAAUAUGCAAAUUUGUGUCUAUGUGAAUGUGUCAAGCCUUAACUUAUACAUGAAUAAAGGGCUUAAGGUCUGUGUGCAGCCAUGAUGCAACUCACAAAAUAUUUGUGUGUCUGGAGGUUAUCUGUGCGGACAUUUGUUUAAGUGAUUUUUCUAGCGUUACGAAGGAUAUUUAAAAGGCAACUGAUGUUAUUCUUUAGCGAUAGCUGUAUUUGGGGGUAAUAAAUAUCAGCUUGUGUUUAAAUGGUGAACUCAACCCCUACAUUGCCACAGAAUGCUACAUGUGAUCUAUGUGAUGGUGUAAAUGAAAUUCUUCAUGUGCUGUAUCUUCUCAUGCACCCUGAAGUGCCUUGUGUCAACAGAAUGGCAUCACUUGUUUGCUGUAAAUUUGAAGUAGACCAGAUCAUCCUUUACUUACAAAUCCUGCUGCACGAGGUUUCAGACAUAUCGCAGCAUCCCUGGAUGUAAUAGUGUGUGUUAGACAGUUGAGUAACUGAACUUGAAUUUAGAAAAGCUGGUCUGUUCUUGAAUGCUGUGCUGGCGAAUAUGCGUAUUUUCACUGAUGAAAAGUAAAUUCAUUUCUACUUUUUUUUUUUUUUUUGGAUAAAAUUAAGUCAUGUCACUGAUCUUUGCUUCUCUUGUUUUUUUUUUGUUUUUUUUUAAUGUUUACUGAAUUUGUUUGAAGUGUGCUUAAUUACAGUCAGAAGUGUACACAGAUACGGGCCUGCUGCCAAGGACGUCUGUAUCCUGUAUUUAUUCACUAAAAGCUUGGGUUCCAUUUUCUCAAGCAGAAUAAAGCUCGAGUCUGGCUUCUGUCA